CACACACACAUAUAUAUAUAUAUAGCUUGAGAUCUUCAGGUAUUGGAGAUCAAGAAUCUCAGCUCAAUACAAGACACCGUAACGUUAGUGGUGAUGACGAACUCGAAUGCUUCACUUCCGGUUUACUUGGGUGACGAAGGGAUGACCGAAGAAAUCAAAGACAUGAUGACUUCACUUCCAAGACAGAAAGGUUGGAUGGUGAACCAUACGUAUCAGUUCCAAGGAUUUUGGCUACCACCAAGCCUCUUACAAGGAACUAUAAACUGCCAAAAACACUUCCAAGCCCAAGAUUCCGACGUAAUCCUCGUCACAAACCCUAAAUCAGGUACGACUUGGUUGAAAGCCCUCAUUUUCGCUCUGAUCAACCGAAACAAGUUCCAUGAUUGUCAACAUCAGCAUCCUCUCCUCACUCACAACCCUCAUUCCCUCGUGUCAUUUUUGGAGGGCGUUUACUAUAAUUACCCCCAUGGUUUACCUGAUGACGUUGUGUCCUCCUCCUCCUCCUGUACGAGAUUCUUUAACACUCAUAUGGCCCACGUUUCGCUGCCCGACUCCAUCAAGGGCUCGUCCUGUAAGAUCGUGUAUUGUUGCAGGAACCCUAAGGACAUGUUUGUUUCCCUUUGGCAUUUCGGACACAAGCUGGCUUCCCAAGAGACCUUGGUCUGCCCCAUAGAAGAGGCUGUCAAGUUGUUCUGUGAAGGGUCUUUUAUCGGCGGACCCUUCUGGGAUCAUGUCCUGGGAUACUGGGAAGCAAGUCAGAAGAACCCGGACAAGGUCUUUUUCGUUACGUACGAAGAAAUGAAAGAGCGUCCAAGAACUCACCUGAAGAGAAUGGCCGACUUCUUGGGAUGCUCUUUCACUAAAGAAGAAGAGGAGGAGAAAGGAAUGGUCGAUGAAAUCAUAAGGCUUUGCAGCUUCGAGAGUCUCAGUAACUUGGAAGUUAACCGAAAGGGGAAGUUGCCGAAUGGAAUUGAAACGAACGCUUUCUUUAGGAAAGGACAAAUCGAAGGAUGGAGGGACACUUUGACGGAUUCUUUGGCAGAGGAAAUAGACAGAACCUCUGAACAGAAGUUACACGGUUCAGGCUUCAAGUUUCAGUGCUAAAUCUGAAGUAAUCAGACAUAUAUGCAUGUAAUGUGUUCUCGCAAAGGUUUCUUUCUUGUGUGUUGGUUAGGCGUGGCCAAUUCGGGUUUCGGUUCGGGUUCGGUUCGGUUAUAUUCGAGUUCGGUUAUUUCGGUUAUAGAAAAACUA